CCAUGCAGCAUGAACCAACUGCUAGCUGUCUGCAAAAUUCAAAAUAAUUGGUAAAUAUCCGAAAUAACUGCCUGCUACAUCACAAAUACCAUUUUAAGUGCUGAAACAUUGGUGUGACAUGACUACCUAAACAAAUUUAUUCACAUAUAUAAGGGCUUAAAUAAUCAAAAUAGAGUGAAAACCUCAGUGAAGUUCUUGGGAUCAAGUCACAAUGAAUUUAAAAUAUAUUCUAAUAUUUUCUCUAUUUUGUGGAGCCGCAUAUAUAAAGGCCGAUUUGGACAGCCUCUCCUUGGCCAUGAAGGACUGCCUGUUAAAACAUUCCAUAACCCAGAAAGAAAUGGAUAUGUUUUUAGAGAACAUGUAUGCCAAUGUUACGGAAAAUUUUAAAUGUUCUAUGAAAUGCGUGUUGGAAAAGGAAGGCAUUAUGAAGAACGGAACAUUCGAUGACAAAACCUUUGAGAAGAAAGCACUUUCUGUCUCUCUUCUGAAGGGUCAGGAGAAACAGGUUAUACAAGCUGCCGAAAAAUGCAAGAACAUCAAGGGGUCCAACGAUUGCGAUACAGCUUACAAAAUUGUACUAUGUCUUUAGGAGACUCUAGCUUUUAUGUUUUGAAAUGUAAUUACAUUUUGAAAUCUAACUUCAAUUGUUCUAUAUAUAUAUAUAUUUGAAUUUAUUGUGCAAA